AUCUGAUCCAAUAUAUAUCAGUCCACCCCAUUUUCACCAAAUGUGACCACCAUUGCCAGUGAUGGUUGUUUGCUGGCCUUCUUAAGGUGAGUCAGUGGCCUCUGCACUGUGGCUUGUAGACAGAUGCUCAUGUUUCUGUAUCUCCUGGAAAAAAACUGUCUGCUGAGAGUCUCUGUAAAAGUGCCAACAUUUAAAUGAGUAUAAAUAACCUUUUACCCACAAAGGUCUGUGGCACGAAGGAGCAGAAAAUGUUGGCAAUUGCUUUAUCUGUUUGAUGAUGGAGAGGGGACAAAGUGAACCCUUGUUUUAUUUCUCUCCUCCUCUUGUCUUCAAAGAUUUCCUUUAAAAUAUUUUUGCCCUUGUUUUCUAAGAUUUAGUUUUCAGUCUUUUGAGAGUCAGUGAACCCGUAGGAUUCCUCUGAUUUCAUAGCCUUAAUUUAUAUUUUAUUUUUGACUUUUUUUUUUUUUUCAUAGUAAAGCAUUUUUGUGUAAGAGCUGGCAUGGAUUAUUAUCCUGCUAUGCUAUAUACAGCAGCAGACUUGGCUUCCAAGUGCAUAUAUGUGUUUCUGUGGGAAAUGUGGGAAGAUGGUGCAAAGGAGCACAGAUUACCGAUUAAAUAAUGAUGUAGGUCCUGAAGACUAGGACUGACAACUGAGUAGUAGUGUGUUCAAAUGAAAACUUGAGGAUUUAUUUUGCUUGCCUUUUUUUGGGUUUGGUGGCAAGGUGGUGGUUGUUUUAGAUUUUUUCUUUGGUUUUUGAACAACAGAUUUUGUGUCCUGAAUUUCUUUGAAGUUACGACAGAGAGUUGAAGGUUUUGUUUUCAGUGUGAAACCUGAGAUUUUAGUAGAUUUGCUUGAUGCUAGGAACUGGAAUGUUUAAUAAAGUGUCAAAUAACACAAAGUUUAUGCUUUAAGCCACGGGAGUUUCGCAACAUUGAGGGCUGUGUGUACCGAGUAUCUUAAGAUAAUGCCAUAGUCAGUUUCCAGGAGUCUGAUGAGUUAGUUAGCAAUGAUGAGUCAUUGUAUGUAUGAGGUGUACAUAUCGCAUAGUGGAAAUCAUGACUACCAUCUCUGCUUCUAGCUCAUGGGCUUGUUCUUUGAGCCAUUCAUGUGAGUGGAGAAUCACUGUGGGAUGAGAAGGAUCCUGAUUUUUAGGUACCCCCAAUGUCAACCAGUUUUCUGUUACAGGAGGUGUUCCAGCUCAAAUUAUUUUACUUCUGUGCUGAGCAGCUUUAUUUGGAGAAAAAAACAAAACCUUGGGUUUUACUCUGGCAAGUUUCAAUCCUGCUUGCUGCUGUUGCUUGCUCUUGUUGAACACUUUUGGCUGUUUGGCCCUGGAUUCUGCUUGUCUUCUCUUCUGAGAGAGAAUGUGUUGAUACUGGGAGUAUAAGGAUGUCAAAAAACCUGCUUCAGGAUGUGAUACCUUUUGAGACCAUCAAAACAUUUCCUGAUGUAUAAUACAGAAAGGGCUUAUUCUGCUGUCGUGGACUCUUAGAGUUUUGUCAGAUAUGUCUCUGUUUAAUUUCAGUUGACAGUCAGUUUUCAGAUACUCAUUGAGAAGGACUGUCUAAUGUUUUCGCUCAUUUUUCAAUUCUGUGCUUUUUUGACAGCUCUCCUUUUGAGUAUAGCUUUUAAACUCUUGUGUUAAAUUAAGUGUAUUCCUUCCCGCAGACUUUUCUUGAAAUCCAUGUGGUAUGUUUGGUAUGAACAUAAAUGAACAUGGGUGUCUGCUUCUAUCCAUUUCUCUUCGAGCUUUGGCAGUAGCUGCUUAAGCUCGGUAUUAACCUUAGCUUCUACAGUGAAAAUCCUGUAAAUAUAAAAAGUAGUUUAAGAAAAAAAACCCCAGCAUUUCUAUUCCACAGUGUAUGCUCAUCAGCUCAUGCUUAUAAAUCCUGCACGAACAGAUUAUAUUUCUAUGAAAGUGGUUCUACAAAUGGCUGGGUGGGCAGUGUUAUUUUCUGUUUCAUUGUGGGGUGUGAUCCUCAAGUUCUUUUAAAGAGUGAAAUGCUGAAGAUUUGCUGCAAGCUCCUGUAGACCGCUUCUAAGAUUCUAGCACCCCUAUAAAAUGUUGCUCCCUUGCAAAUAAAGAAGGUGGUUUUUGCCUAGCAACAAGUCUUGUGGUUUCUACCUGAGGAUCAAAAACACAAGUGCAUUUGUUCAUCCUUUUGCGUCACUUCAGUACUGAAGAUUUUGACAGUCAAAUAAUUUCUGACAUUUCCGUUGAUGUGCAAGAAAGCGAAUAAUCCAGUAUGUUUUUCCCAUAGCAGUGCUGUCACUGCAGGACUGACAAUAAUAAAAAGUGCAUUCAUCACUUAAUAACCAAAUAUCCUGGAAACGCAUGGAAAAUGGAGAUGCAUUUUCAAUGAAAAUGUCUCACCUUUAAUGGCUAUUUUCUGAUUGGAUCCUUUUUGCUAUUUAUACUCUCCCUAAAGUAUUUUAUAGAAAUGAGCCUGUUUGAAAACCCACCCAAACAACCAGAAAUGAAUUUUAUGUAUUGUAGGAUGUAAAUGAUUAGUCAUCACUUGUAAAUUGCCUAAUUGAGGAGGAGGAAAUUUAUAUUAAGGGAAGGUGAAGAACUCAAUUUUUGACUGCUAUAUGUCUCAGUUCUUCCUGCCCUUCCCCCCCCCAGAAGAUAGUUAUGAAGAAUUUUUUUAUUAUUUUUUUAAAUCAUCCUAAGAGGUACUGUCAGCAAGUUUGAGAAAUGAUAGCUGCAGACUGUAAGCUUAUUUUCCACUUGCUUAUGUUUCCUUGGGGAAAUUUAUGGGAUUUUUUUGUUGUCUUAUUUUAAGAUUCUGUGGUCAUCUUGUGCAUUGCCAACGAAAAAUGACGUUGGCAUCGGAGAUCUUAAGUGUAACAGCAUGAGGAACUCAGUUUAUGAAGGUUGACUAUGAUCCAUCAAACUCUCUGAAGGACCAGCAUGGAGACUGGCACUCUGAACUGUUAAUGGGGACAUGGGACUCAGGUUGUCACUGAUAAUUUAUGUGGACUUAACCAGUGAAGAGCAACAGAAGACGCUAAAAAGACAGUGGGAAUUAUAGUGGUUUUUCAGGUCACCAAAUCUUGUUAUUUUAAUUUCUGUCUGGAAGAAUGUCUGAGCAAGGUAAAUUGAACCAGGAGACAGCAGAAGAAACUGCAAAAGAGCAGGAGUCUGCCCUCUCUGAAGCGAACCCGGACAACUGUAUCCUUAAUAAAUCUGAAAGCUCAGAAGUAGAGGAGAAGGAGGAGAAGCUGAGUGAUGCUAAGACAGACCUGCAGAAACGAGGUACAAAUCAGAACCAGCAGAAGAAGAGAUCCAAGUCAGGAGCUAAAGGAAAACUCGUCCGGAGUCUUGCUGUGUGUGAAGAGUCAUCCCCUCGUCCAGGAGCGGAAAAUCUUCAUGAUAAUCAGGAAUCAAUCCAGCUACAGCUUUCAAGUUUUCCUAGCUUGCAAGAAGAAGAUAAAUCUAGUAAAGAUGACUCCGAGAAAGAAAAAGAGAAGGAUAAAAUUAAAGAUAAAAACAGUGAAAAGAACAAGAUCAGAAUGUUAUCAAAAGAUUGCAGUCAAGAGUAUACAGACUCAACAGGCAUAGAUUUGCAUGAGUUUCUCAUUAACACAUUAAAGAAUAAUCCCAGGGACAGAAUGAUACUCUUGAAGAUGGAACAGGAAAUUAUUGAUUUUAUUAGUGACAACAAUAAUCACUAUAAAAAGUUCCCUCAGAUGUCAUCAUAUCAGAGGAUGUUAGUGCACAGAGUGGCUGCUUACUUUGGAAUGGAUCACAAUGUGGAUCAGACUGGAAAAUCUGUAAUUAUCAACAAGACCAGCAAUACAAGAAUACCAGAGCAAAGGUUUUCUGAACAUUUAAAAGAUGAAAAAGGUGAAGAAUCCCAGAAGCGAUUUAUCUUGAAGCGAGAUAACUCUAGUAUUGAUAAAGAAGACAAUCAGCAAAACAGAAUUCUUCCAUUUAGAGAUGACAGACGAAGUAAAUCAAUUGAAGAGAGAGAAGAGGAGUAUCAGAGAGUGAGGGAGAGAAUAUUUGCACAAGAUUCAGUUUGCUCCCAGGAAAACCUUUUUGUGGAAAACAGUAGGCUGUUGGAAGACAGUAGUAUAUGCACUGAUACGCACAAGAAAAGACAGCUGUUUAGGGGUAACAGAGACAACACGGGGAAGGCAUCUGGCAGUCGGCAGAGCAGUACGGAGAACGAAUUGAAAUGGACAGACCACCAGAGACCAUGGAGCAGCACAGACUCAGACAGCUCAAAUCGAAAUUUGAAGCCAGCCAUAACAAAGACAGCCAGUUUUGGUGGGAUAACCGUCCUGACAAGAGGCGAUAGCUCAUCAAGUAACAGAAGUACCGGCAAACUGUCUAAAACAGGUAGCUCAGAGUCUUCCAGCAGUGCUGGCUCCUCAGGAUCCCUGUCACGGAUACAUCAGCCUCUCCAAAGUGCAUCUCUUGUCCCUGGGGUGACAGCUGGCUCUUCGGGCAGUGUGUCCUACCCUGAGAAUGGGAUGAGUGGCCAGGUGGCCCCCAGCAACACCAGCUAUAUCCUUCUUCCACUUGAAGCUGCAGGGAUACCGCCUGGCAGUAUCCUUCUCAACCCACACACAGGUCAACCUUUUGUAAAUCCUGAUGGCACACCGGCAAUAUACAAUCCUCCCAGUGGCCAGCAGACAAUGAGGAGCCAGAUGGUGGGACAGUCUCAGCAACAGCCUUCAUCCCAGCAGCCUCAGCAGGUUCAACAGCCACAGCAGCAAAUGGCAAGUCAUCUUGUCACACAGCCUGUUCAGGCAAUGCAGCCAUCUUCUCAGUCAGUCCAAUAUCCAGCAGUUUCUUAUCCUCCCCAGCAUCUCCUGCCAGUCUCACCAACGCAGCCGUUUUCUGUGCGAGAUGACAUGACAACACAGUUUAACCAGAUGAGUUUAAGUCGUCAAUCAUCAGGAGACAACCCCGAAUCGCCUUCUGGUCCUGUCUACCCAUCGCCGAUCUUGCAGCAGCCUGCCCAGCAGACGGGUUACAUUAUGGCUUCCCCAAGUCAGCAGCUUCCCCCAGGAGGCUUUACAGGUUCAGGUCCACCAGUAUCCCAGCAAGUGCUGCAGCCACCACCACCGCCCCAGGGCUUUGUGCAACAACCACCACCACCUGCUCAGAUGCCAGUUUAUUAUUACCCAUCUGGUCAGUACCCUACCUCAACAACUCAGCAGUACAGACCCAUUGCCUCAGUUCAGUACAAUGCACAGCGGAGUCAACAGAUGACACAGACUGCACAGCAAGCAGGUUACCAGCCUGUCCUGCCAAACCAGCAGCAGGGGUUCCAGGGUCUCAUGGGAAUGCAGCAGCCACCGCAAAGCCAGAACCUGAUGAAUAAUCAACAGGGAAAUCAGGUGCAAGGCAUGAUGGUGCAGUAUCCAGCCAUGUCGUCUUAUCAGGUGCCAAUGACCCAGGGUUCUCAAGGAUUGCCGCAACAAUCAUAUCAACAACCGAUCAUGCUACCUAAUCAAUCAGGUCAAGGAACACUUACAGCCACUGGAAUGCCUGUCUACUGUAAUGUCAUACCUCCUGCCCCACAGAACAACCUACGGUUGAUUGCCCCACACUGCCCCUCCAAUAACGUUCCAGUUAUUUCUGCCAGCUGCAGGACAAACUGUGCGAGCAUUAACAAUGCAGGGUGGCAGGUCAAGUACUGACACUGUGGCUUAGCAUGGAUGUACAAGGAUAGUGGUGCAUUAUUUGACAACUCAUGGCCUUCAAAUGAAGAGGAACACAACAGGAUCAUCAGUUGAGGACAGAAGUACUGAGUAUGCUGAAGUGACUUGCUGCUGGAAAAAUCUGUAAAAAAAUUAAAAAUAAAAUUUUGAAAAAAAAAAUGUUUGCUGGUUAAUGGUGCAUAUUUUUGUCAUGUCUGCUAGGUAUGCCUUUAUAGCUUAGCUAGUGACAUGAAUUCAUUGAGGUAAGAUUUUUUCCUACCACUGAACACCACUGUGUAGAUUGUAAUAUCCCCGAUUCGGAUUAGUUUUGUACUUUGUGUUGAGUUUGUGAAGCUAAAAGUAUUUAAAAAUAUAAUAAAAUCACAUUGUACCAAAGCUGUAAUGGAAAUGAAAAAAAAAGAUCAACAAACUAAAACAAAAAAAAAGAAUUACUGAAUGGAAGGAAUAAUUUAUAUACACUAUAGAGUUUUUUAUGGAUAUAUACUGUAUUGUAGUGCUUAAUCACAAUAAAGCUAUUUGACCUCAUGGAGAAAGGUCAUGUUUCUA